UACAAGUUGUCGACAGUAGAUACGAUGAUUUAGCCCUACCCCAUAGUUGCAUUUCUACACUAAAGAGUUGUUUGUUUGACCUUGACUCUGUAACUACAGCCAUGGCACCACCCAAAUGUCUUAGCAAAGUUUCUCUGCAAGACAAGACAGCUGUAGUGACGGGGGCCAACACGGGGAUAGGCUUGGAGGUGGCGAAGGACCUGGCGAGGAGGGGUGCGCGAGUCAUCCUUGCGUGCCGGAACGAGGCCAGAGCUGAGGCCGCGAGGGCGGAGAUCGUGAAGGACACUGGGAACGAGAACGUCAUGACGUCAAAGCUAGACUUGGCAUCUCUGUCUUCGGUUCGUGAGUUCGCUCAGAGGCUGAAGGAAGAGGAAACCCGUCUGGACAUUCUGGUCAACAACGCAGGUCUUUGUUGUCCCAAGUCGACAACCGAAGACGGGUUUGACACGCAGCUCCAGGUGAACCACCUGGGUCACUUCCUUCUCACCAACCUUCUCCUUGACGUCUUGAAGAAAUCGGCUCCAAGUCGUGUGGUGGUCGUGUCUUCAAGUGUCCACAAGCAGUGCCAAGGAAUCAACUUCGAAGACAUCAACUAUGAGAAGGAUUACGUGGCGUUUCCUGUGUACUGUCAGAGCAAGCUGGCCAACCUUCUCUUCACGCGAGAACUGGCGAGACGACUGGAAGGGUCCGGAGUCACUGUCUACGCCGCGCACCCUGGGUUAGUGCGUACGGAGCUGUGGCGGACCCUGCCCGAGCUGUACGGGUGGAAGUUCACGCUCAUGAAGCCCAUGUUCUACCUCGGGAUGAAGUUUGCUAAAACACCGGUACAGGGGGCCCAGACCAUCAUCCACUGUGCUGUGGAGGAGAAGAUUUCUAGCGAGUCUGGCCUGUACUACAGCGACUGUGACGUCACGGAGCCUUCCCAGAAUGCCACGGAUGACGCAGUGGCGCGUCAGCUGUGGGAGAUGAGCGAGAGCAUGACGGGGCUGUCUUCCUAACUCCAGCGUGUAACGUAUAUCCCAACUGACACCCGGGCAGAAAACAGAUGACGGCCUUCUAACCACGAAAAAUCUCCGCCUCCUAAGACACUAUUAAAUCUCCUUCCCCAACAUGCACGUUCUGGACAGACACGUCCGAUCGGAGCGCAUCCUGGAUAUCCAGAACGCGCCCCUUCGCUUGUGACGUAUUCUGGAUAUCCUAGAAGCGCUUUUGGGAUAGAAGGCCAUCUGGGAUAUAACACCCUUGAUUGAAAUAUCAUCGAGUCAGCCAAGGCAGUUGUUGUAGCCUUGUCUGUACGAUGUCUACAUGGACAUAACGAACUAGCUAAGAGGAGUAACAAGAAAAAAAAGCCCGAGCACUAACUAACUUUUUCUUUAAAAACGUUUUUCUUACAAAGAAAAAAAAUGACCGCACCAUAGCAACAACAAUCUAAAUGUGUUCUAAAAGUGGGUGCACCUUCGAAUCUUAAAGAUCUUCAAAGAUUUGAUUGUUAAUUACGCUCACAACAAAUUAGGCAGUGAGAACGUUGUGUAUGUACAGCGAAUUAAACAACUUUGAAAUUAAUAUUAAUUACACUAUAUAUACCAUUUUUUUCAUAUGUACUAUUUCAGCAACUUUUCCCAUUAUUUGCAAGUUGGCUGUGGGGAUUUGUAAGAACAAUAUCAACUGUAGUAAAAGAAACAUGUGCAUACAAAAUUACAAAUAUUAACAAUUGGUUGUUAAGGACAGUGUUACCUAUAUUCAUGUUUUGUGAGGUGGAAAGAGUGAAAUGUUUUAUAUGAUGUGUUCACAGAAGUUGUGCUGGUUUACAAAUGUACAUGACCUUAUAAAGGACAUUUGUAUCGACACAUCGUUCCUGGAGCUACAUGUUUGUCUGUCAGCAGCAGUAUUGGCGCCCCCUUGCAGACUGCUAGAGUAUGACACAUCUCUGACAACAACCCGCUUUCGCAAUUCUCGGAGCUGCCUGCGUUCCUGUGGACAGAAUAAAUAUAUUCAUGAAUUCAUGAAA